CCGAGCUGCGCCAACUUCGCCAACGGUUCCCAAGUUGCUGGGCGCGCCGGGGUGGGAGCCGGGUGGGGUGAGGAAGAAGAGGAGGAGGAGGGCUCCCCAGGCGCCUUGGACGCUGUUCAGAAACCCGCCGCCGCUGCGGGCCGUUCCCCGGCUCGGCCCGAGUCGGGAGGGCGCCAGACAGGACCGCUCGCUCGCUCGCUCGCCGCGCCGGACGGCGCCCGCCUGGCGCCUCUUCCCUCCCGGCGUGCGAACCGGCCGGGCCGCGCCUCCCUCCUUCGUCCUCUCCCGCGGCCGCCCCCUGGAGGGCGCGGAGCGCGGGCAGCGAGGGAGCCGGAGCCCCGGAGCCGCUUCUGCCGGGUUCUGCCGAGAGGAGGGCAAAGUUGCGAGCGGAUGCUGGCGGCGCCGGACUCCAGCCGCGGAGAGUCGGAUCCGCCCCCGCCGGAGGAGCCUCGGCGGCCGGGGACCAGGCCAUCCCCGACCUGAAGACGACGAGCCGGGUCCUAAGGGAUGCCCUUGAGCUGAGCGCCCGCGGCCCCACCCUUCCCCAUGGAGAAAGGCCUUGCUUUGCCCCAGGACUGCCGGGACUUUCUGCACAGCCUGAGGAUGAGGAGCAAAUAUGCCCUUUUCCUGGUUUUUGUGGUGGUGGUUUUUGUCUUCAUUGAAAAGGAAAAUAAAAUCAUAUCGAGGGUCUCGGACAAGCUGAAGCAGAUCCCCCAAUCCCUGGUAGAUGCCAAUAGCACCGACCCAGCCCUGGCCUUGGCUGAGAACGCGUCCCUCUUGUCCCUGAGUGAGCUUGAUUCAGCCUUCACGCAGCUGCAGAGCCGCCUGCGAAACCUCAGUCUGCAGCUGGGUGUGGAGCCAGCAGAGGAGGCCGAGGGGGAGGAGGAGGGGCAGCCGCCCAGGCCCGCCCUGGCCCAGCCCCGGCGCCAUGUGCUCCUCAUGGCCACCACGCGCACCGGCUCCUCGUUCGUGGGCGAGUUCUUCAACCAGCAGGGCAACAUCUUCUACCUCUUCGAGCCGCUGUGGCACAUCGAGCGCACGGUGUCCUUUGAGCCGGGAGGCGCCAAUGCCGCAGGCUCGGCCCUGGUCUACCGUGACGUGCUCAAGCAGCUCUUCCUGUGCGACCUGUACGUCCUGGAGCAUUUCAUCAGCCCCCUGCCCGAGGACCACCUGACUCAGUACAUGUUCCGCCGGGGUUCCAGCCGCUCCCUCUGUGAGGACCCUGUCUGUACUCCCUUUGUCAAGAAGGUCUUUGAGAAGUACCACUGCAAGAACCGCCGCUGUGGCCCCCUCAACGUGACGCUGGCCGCCGAGGCCUGCCGCCGCAAGGAGCACAUGGCCCUCAAGGCCGUGCGCAUCCGACAGCUGGAGUUCCUGCAGCCGCUGGCCGAGGACCCCCGGCUGGACCUGCGCGUCAUCCAGCUGGUGCGCGACCCCCGGGCCGUGCUGGCCUCCCGCAUGGUGGCCUUUGCCGGCAAGUAUGAGACCUGGAAGAAGUGGCUGGCCGAGGGACAGGACCGCCUGAGAGAGGAGGAGGUGCAGCGGCUGAGGGGGAACUGUGAGAGCAUCCGCCUAUCGGCGGAGCUGGGCCUGAGGCAGCCAGCCUGGCUGCGGGGCCGCUACAUGCUGGUGCGCUACGAGGACGUGGCCCGCAGGCCCCUGCAGAAGGCCCGGGAGAUGUACCACUUUGCAGGCAUCCCCCUGACCCCGCAGGUGGAAGACUGGAUCCAGAAGAACACCCAGGCGGCCCGGGACAGCAGCGGUAUCUACUCCACACAGAAGAACUCCUCGGAGCAGUUUGAGAAGUGGCGCUUCAGCAUGCCCUUCAAGCUGGCGCAGGUGGUGCAGGCCGCCUGUGCUCCUGCCAUGCGCCUCUUUGGCUACAAGUUGGUGCAGGAUGCCGCCUCCCUCACCAACCGCUCUGUCAGCCUGCUGGAGGAGCGUGGCACCUUCUGGGUCACGUAGGGGGCCUGGGGCUGCGAGCAGCCCUCCUUGUGAAAGUCCUGCCCUGCCUUGCUCACCCCAGGCCAGCAGUGAGACGGCGGCCCUCGCGGAGGGUGGGCGGGAGCCGUGCGUGACCAUGUAGCCCCUCUGCUGUAGAAGUAGGCCCCUAGCCUGCUAGCUUCCCCACCGUGGCCACGGGCCUGGGGCUUCUCGCUGAGAACAGGACAGUGCCUGGGCCCCUUGAGGGCCAGCAAGCUCAGACUUAAGGGGCUGCGGUCUCCUGAGCAGGUCCAGGCAGGCCCGGGCCUGUUGAUAAGCCUUCCUCGUUCACACUCAUCCAGAAACAUACAUGAAACACACAUAAGUACUGGGAGCCUGUGGCCCAGAGUCCAAAUAUUUAACAACCAGAAGGGGCAGUGGGCACUGACCAGUCACAGUCGGAUCUCCUGCUGCCCUGAGUGUUAGCCUUUCAGUGUCUGUAUUUCUACUCAAUCCAGUGUGGAAUCUAGCUUGGUCUCUGAGGAGGGACCGGGAUAGCCCAGGGUGCCAGAGGAUGGCAUUGGGGGCUUACCAACCAAGAACGAGUCAGUAUUUUCAUAAAUGGGCUAGCUGUGCUGUUUCCUAAUGAAAUCAGUCAUGUAUAGAGCUACAAAACACUCACACAUAUAAAGACCAAUGCCUACACACACACCACGUACACAGACAGAAAAACAUCAUAAAGACACAAAUCCACACACCUAUUGAUACACAGACAAGCUUCCCCUUUGCUUUAUGCCUACAGGGUUUAUUUGUAUCACAUACCUAAAGAGGAGCCUUUAAUUGCAUUUUGGAAUUGCUUGGGGGCAGGAGAAGAAAACGUCACCGGCCAUGACCCCGUUCCCUGGCCGGGUUUGGGACUGAGCGGUGGAUACAGAACUGCCUUGGAUUUUCACGGCUCCCUCCUCUGGCCCCCUCCCGUCCUCACUGCUGGCAGGCGGCAUGUGUGGAGAUGGUGCGGCUGACCCUCACCUCACGUGACUGCAGCCCAAAGGCCCACCCCCGCUUGGCUGGCUCCCCAAGAGCAUGUCCAUGUUUGAAGGCUGUCUCAGGCCUGACUGGCAGAAGCAGCUGUGGUCCCCAGAGGCAAAAGGCAGCUCGUGGGUCCUGCCAUUUCCAGCCAGGCCUCUGUGGGGCAGGGCCCAGAAGAACAUACAGAGUACUCUUGGGGGAGAAGUCACAUCAGGAUAACCCCUCCCCUGAGAAGACAGGGGACAGAGGUCAGCCACGUGGUUGGUUGCCCUGGUUACGUGGUUAGUGUCUGAAACUGCUCUUUUAGGGCUCUGGGAAAAGCAUUGCUCAACUCAGGCUGGAUGUUUUAUUUGGGGUUUUUUUUAAGUUAUUUAUGGUUUGGUGUCUCGUUUUGUGGCUGUGUUUUCGGUUUUGUUUCUGCAGAAGUGCCACUUGGAAGCAGUCUGUGCUUGAGGGGCUGGGGGUCUGGGAGGACCAGCGGGGAGCAUUCUGGCUUCUGCCAGAGGAGGAUGGGGAGGAGCCUCCCCUAGAAGGAUCAGAGCCUAGGUGGCCAUGGCAGCCCCCAGUGUUCCACGGGCUUUUCUGUUUGAACUGCGUGUGGAACGAAUCUCAGAAGCCACCGGCGUUCUUCACUGAAUGUCCAGAAGCAGCAGAAAUUAGCAGCCCUCAGCCCCUCCCUGAAAAGAGGCCAGAUUUGAAAAUCUCUCUCAGGCCCUAACAUGUUUCCUGGGGGGUCGGGGGCCUAUGACCAAGCAGCAGGUGUCCCCAAAGUAGAAGUCUUUCCCUAUUCCCACCCAAAACUGGGGAGCAGAAAUCAGUACCACCUCAGAACUUGCAGGGAGCUGCAACAGCUUAUUAAGGGCUGUUUCUGAUUUCCUGGACAACCUCUAUGUCAUAUCUGUCCUAUUGUCCAACCCAGGGGGCUGAGUUUUGGUUUGAGUAUUAUGGAUGCCAGGGAAAUACAGGAUCCAAGUCCUGGUGUUGCCCUGGAGAGGGGAGACAUGUGUCCUGGCUGGAAGCUGCAGUUUGAAAAUUUGAAGACCGUGGCCAUCUUGUGGGAUCUGCUAUAAUCAGCAUAUUUGAGCUGCUGGGUCUACAUCACCGUGGGCUUCAGCCAUUCAAGUCUUCACUCUAGGUUUUCCAGUCCAAAAGUAAGUUGUACAGGGAGCUGCCUCUAAUUUGGGGUCCAAAGGGGCUCCAACUCUGAAACCUUGACCCUGGGGCUGAGUGGGACUAGGAUGUUUCUGGCGGGCCCAGAAGUGCUGGCUGUUCUUCCCUAGCUCCUCCCUCCACUGUUCCCCACCUGGGUGGAUGGGUGGGCAAGCGCUUCCGUCCAGGGCUCUUCCUGGGGCCUCUGAGUGUGGACGGUGGACUUCUUCCUUCCUAUGCUUCCAGGGCCAAGGCCUCCAGCCCUGAGCUCAGAGGACAGUACCGAGAAUGGACCUUUGGGACUUCUCAGGACAUUGACAAUUUGUACACUACAAGUUGACUUUAUUUAUUUAUUUUGUGAAAAAGAAGAGACAGAAAUACCUUAUUAUUUGCAGGGACUCAAAGCUGUACCCAAAUCAAGAAAAACGAAACAGCAAUAAUAGAGACCAUUCACUCAUUCCAUACACACAAGGACACUCGAAGACGAUUCAGAAUACAAGAGGACAGGACCAAGGUGCAGGAGUCGCGAUGGCCCAGGCUGUUGUUUAAGGAGAUUCCUUGGUUUCCUCCUUUUGAGUUGAAGAUGCACCAGGAAGUCCCUUUCUGCUGUAUUACCUUUGCCCAGGGGUCUGAAACAGGACACAACUCAAGCAAGUGUCUCCUUGGGGCUCAGCAAUGCCCUGAGAACCCUCGGGGUUUGGGGAAGGACGGGGCAGCGGGGCGGGGUGACUACCGACUUCUCGCUCCGCGGGACCUAGUUGGAGACAUGCAUGUGGGGUUUUCAGCAUGGAGCUGGGCCUAGGAAGGUGGUCCAGCUGGGGACUAGUGCCUCCGUUUCCAGCGAGGCCAGCCCUGUUUCUCUGCUCUUGCUGGCUCCACCAGGAGCCGUCCCCUGCACAGCACGCACCUGCCUGGAGACAGAGGGAGCAGCUGCGGCCUCACCUCCACGGGCCGCCAGCUUCCUGGAAUAAGAGGCCUGUUCAGCAAUGAGCGUUUACUCAUUUUCUCUUUCUUAAUGAAGACCUCUUUAGUCUGGCUUAUAUAAAUAGUUCAGAACAGUCCAGACCUCUGUGAGACAGGGCAGUGUCCAACACCCACAGGCUGUCGCCACCGCUGCCCAUUCCUGGCUUCUCCUCUGGGCCUUCUUUGUAAACCUUGGAGCAGAUGAGGCCAUGGGGGAUCUUCAGGAGUAGUGGGGGUAGGGGGGGCAGGAUUCCUGAGUCCCCACAAAGAGCAAAGCAGCAGCAGGUGUGAGCCCUGUAGCUGCCUCUGCAGGUCCUCACCACGUGGUUGCUAAGGCUGAGAGAGACACAGAUUCUACCCUUGUGUCUCUUUAUAUGAUACACACACUUGAAAAUAGCUAACUAAACGAACAUAAAAAGAAAUGUUUGAUGAAGAGUUUACUCCCUGUCUGCCAGCACCCUCAGCCUGGGAGCUAGUGCCUGAGGCUGGUGUCAUGGGGCAGCUUGCUAAGCGAACCCCCAAGAGCAGAGCGCCCCCACCCAACCCAUCACAAUGCGUCUUUCCUGCCACCUCUGCCGUCUGUCCGAUGAUGGAACGGGUUCUGGCAGGAAGUCAGGGGAUCCCUGUCCCGGAAGGUGGCCACUUGGCCUGGACAGCAGACAGGAGCUGUAAGCAUCAGUCGGUCUGGUCCUGACCCUGAAGGUCUCUUUCAGUCCUGGGUGCCCUCUCUGGCACUAGGGCCUGUUUUAAUUGACCACAGGGCCUGCCCCUUGAUAGCCCUGGAUUAUAAAGGACAGGAGCAGAAGACUGGAUGGCUGUGUCCCCAAGGCGGUCCCCUCACUCCCAUCCCCAAAGGCUGAAAGCAAAGGCAGGUCUCAGAGGGACAGAUCCUGAGGCCGGGAGUGCUCAGGGGAGGGUGGGGAUGAGGGGGUGAGCAGAAGCCUGUGAAGCCAAGUGGGUCUCGUCAAUCUGUACAAGCUGAAAGAAGGCGCAUCCUCUGAAAUCCGAGUUGAUGGGUUUGCUCAUGAAAAUUCCUGGGACAUGGUCCAACCAGACGGGAUGGAGAGGGCCCAGGGUUUCCUGAUUGCAGCCACAUGGCCUCCCACUGCUGGCGGUUUUAGGAAUAAAGCAAGUUGCUCUUUACCUCAAAAGGACAAGCAGAGUGGGCAACUUCAGAUAUCUUAAGAGCUUCAAGAUCCUUUGUUCUCCUGUCCUUUGUCAUUCCACAACCGUGCGUGGGGGACAAAUUAGUUAGAUGUUUUCAAGAACAGUGCCAUCCUCACGGGCCCAGCUCGUAUUAUAGACCAGGUAUUUUGUUUGGGAAGUAAAAAAUGACCCAAGUACCCUGCUUCCUCAGACUCUGGGCUUGAGCUGGGCACCCCUGAAGUCACCCUCUCAUCUGUGUUGUGUGUUCUAGGCCAAGUUUGCCUGGCUCUCCUGCAAACUCUGUCAUUUGCCAAGACCUCAGCCAUGUGUCAUAUUUCAUGGCCACGUGAUACAGGACACCCCCUGCAUGGCCGUGUGUGGACAUAAGUGUCCGCACGUGUGUAUGUGCAGCAUGCAGCACCUUCUGUUCAGCCACGUAGCUCCCAGCCCCCUUGCCAUCAGUGUCCCAGAUGUCCUUGCUGUGGCAACAAUCUGCCGUCUCCUGGAAACGCAGGGGCUACCCUUCAGAGAGCUGGCGGCCACUGCCAAUCAGGGUCUGCUUUGCAGAACAGAAUGUGAACCCAUCACUUGAUGGCUUACUUGACUUAUUUAAUUAAAAAUGAAAACAUGCAAUGAGAAAAAUCUGAAGCCUGUCUCUACCUUUCUUUUGUAUUUGUUCUCAGCAGCGAUCAUAAAAAUUAACAAGAAAAAAAUUAGCAGUGGUAGGAAAAGGGGUGGCUGCAUGAAGCGGGGCCGAGGAAGGCCCUGCCCACUCCCGAGGCAUGGAAGGCACAGAGAAGUGUGGGUCACUGGACGGGGCGUGACAAAUGUUCUCUGUGUUACCAGGAUGGCAGAGCUGGUGGGCCUGAGAGAUGAAUACUCAGGCAUCGUGGGGCAGGGACAGGAGCAUUGGCUAGAGGUCAGGGGACCUGGAGACAAGUCCCAGCUUUGCCACUGUCUGGGCCUGUGACCUUGAACAAGUUACUUCCCUUUUCUGGGCCCUAGUUUCCUUUAGAAUGAGAAAUAUAAUCAGUGGUUUACAACCAUUGUUCUAAAAAGCCCCUUUAGGAAUUAAAAAGACAGCGGAAAGGGCAAGGGACGCCCUCACCCAGAGCAACUGUGCAUUGAUCUGCUUCGCGUGUUGAAGUAGCACCUAAGAUUUAAUUUAGCCGUCAGCAAAGUCUGAAAACCACACGAGGAGGUUGCUAAGGACCCUUUCAGCUAAGAAAUUUAAUGGAAUCAUUUCAAAUUGCUCUGUCAGUCUUAACAACUGUAGUGUGAAUUAGAUUUCAGCUCUUUUUGUCUCCUAACAGCCUCCUGGAGGGA